AUGGCACCUCGUAAGCCUACCUCCAAGCCAAAGUGCACCCCCUCACCACCUGCCAUGAAACAGCAGGUGCGCACUGCAAGUGGUCGAGAGCGGCGACCAACUGAAAAAGAGAACUACCGUCAUAAGUACCAGCAUAUUAUGUUCUGCUCACUCACCAUCUCGUUCUACAAAAUCAAGGAAACCCGGACAGCAAAACAGAAGAAGAAAACCUUAAAGGCUGCCUACCAAGGGCAUCCUGACAUCUUCAAGAAAGAGCCGUCAGAGCUCCUUAGCGACAUGGACAGGCAAGAAGACACAAUAUUCUCUGAUCACAGUGUUGAUACAAGGUUGUCCAACACUAAUAGCCUGACAUUCAGUACAGGGAAAAUCCCUCCGAGGUUGCGCAACCCAUCCAUACAUAAAACUAAAGGACCAAAAGUGCCGCAUAAUGUUGACGAGUCAACAGAUGACGACGAUGACGACGCUGCAAACAAUGAUGACAAUGAUCAGUUGCCUGCAGCUCGAGGGACCAAGCGAUCAUUUGAUGACAUGUCAUAUGAAGAUACCGUGGUGCCGAAGGUCAAGAACAAUGCUGACAGUUUGCGUCGACGCGUGAAAGCCAGUGACUUUGACGAAAUCUCAAAAGAGAUUCUCAUAACUGCUUGCUCUGUUUAUUGGUGUCUCAUCGUCACACAGGCACCUUUUCUGGAUUCCAUUGCAGCUGAGACAAAACUGGCGAAAGAGGCCUGGCGCGAGGCAUGUCAACUCAAAGGUGUUGACGUCAAACUGACCCCUUCAGCGGUGAAUAUGCUAUUAAAAUGCGCUUCACAAGUGCGAGGCGAACUCAAGACGAAGAUGCAUCCGCUCACGGCUUCAUUUCAUGGCUUCCGCUCAAGUAAUUCUAUGGAGGUGAUAAGGUCAAACCAAGAUCUUGCGGAGAGAUUGAAAAUUGGCUCGAUCUUUGUUUUCAAGGACCCAUCAUCGAAGUCAGGCAUCUACAAGACUGAGUUGCUUCAACAGGGUAUCAACGGCAUGUGGUUCUUGAACCGAAGUGACGAGGGUGUCAUCUACCACAAAUACUUCAACCCCAUCCCUAUCAAAACUAUUGCGCUCGUGCUUACGGUUAUAGAAUGUUGUGUCGAUGAGUGGUCACAAGGCAUCAAAGAGGACAUCAAGUUCACAUCUGCUGGUUAUGGGGCCGUCUACAACCAUCAUUUCAGCUCACUGCAACGCUUUGAUGAGCGCACGGUGGCUUACACACUCCUCUCAAAAAUUUGUAUCAAUCUGCAUGAUACAGCGCGCUUCCACGCAGGUGUCGCAUCACUCAUUCCAUUGUCAGCUACAUCCCAGGCCCACAUUGACAACGCGGUGUUUGAAGACACUAUUCGAGAGUACCAGCAUGAGGGGAAGGAUGCAGCAGUCGAGGAUGAGGUCGAGGAGUAUGAGUAUCCUAGUAGUGAGGGUGGGGAUGAUGAAUAGGGAUGCAGUGAGUAAGACAUUCGUAUUAUGCUAGUUUGUGUUUCAGGUGCUUGAAUUUAAUUGUUACUACGAGGUUCUUUGGUGUGCUAUAUAGCUGCUGGUAGUAAUUUAUAGCUGCGUUUAGUAGCACUCCAACAAACUACAGUAGUACCUCGUAGCUACUAGUAGUUACUACGGGACCCUAUGGUGACUACAUAGAGGGCACUUGACAACGGGGCUACUUGUGCUACCCUGACUAUAUAGUGCUAUGUAGUCACUUUGUUUUUUCCUGA